GUCCAGGGCCAGAUCCACCCGGCAGGCUCUGCUGCAGUGCAAACUGGUAGAGGGUGGCCGUGUAAGGACAGCAUGCUGACCAAGGGACUUGCCCCGCGUUCAGCGCUGGUCAAAGGCUGUCAGUCUUUCUUGAGCACAGCUCGGCAGGGCUCGGGGUACCCCAGGCUGUUUACUGGAGGGGAAGUCAGCAUCUCCACCGAUGCUCCUCGCCCCUUCAACGAGAUCCCUUCCCCCGGCGACAAUGGCUGGAUAAACCUCUAUCACUUCUGGAGGGAGAAGGGAGCUCACAGACUCCAUUACCGGCAUGUUCAAAACUUCCAGAAGUAUGGCCCCAUCUACAGGGAGAAGCUUGGCAAUUUGGAAUCGGUUUAUAUUAUGGACCCUGAAGACGUGGCCCUGGUCUUUAAAUUUGAGGGUCCCCACCCAGAACGAUAUCUCAUCCCCCCAUGGGUUGCCUAUCACCAGUAUUACCAGAGACCCAUCGGGGUCCUGCUAAAGAAGUCAGAAGCCUGGAGGAGAGACAGAGUGGUCCUAAACCAAGAAGUGAUGGUUCCUGAGGUCAUCAAGAACUUCGUGCCCCUUCUGGACUCCGUGGCUCGUGACUUUGUCAAAGUCCUGCACAGACGUAUCCAGCAGCAGAACUCUGGAAAUUUCUCAGGGGACAUGAGCGAUGACCUGUUUCGCUUUGCCUUUGAAUCCAUCACCAGUGUCAUGUUUGGCCAGCGUCUGGGGAUGCUGGAGGAGAGGGUGGACCCUGAGUCCCAGAAGUUCAUUGAUGCCAUCUACCAGAUGUUCCACACCAGUGUCCCCAUGCUUAACCUGCCCCCGGGCCUCUUCCGACUCUUCAGGACCAAGACCUGGAGAGACCAUGUUGCUGCCUGGGACACCAUUUUCAGUAAAGCUGAAAAAUACACCCAAGACUACUGGAACUUGAGGAAGAAGCGGAACUUCAGCGAGAACCCUGGGGUCCUGUACAGCCUCCUGGGCGGGAACAAGCUGCCCCUGGAGAACAUCCAGGCCAACAUCACGGAGCUGCUGGCGGGAGGGGUAGACACCACAUCCAUGACCCUGCAGUGGCACCUGUAUGAGAUGGCACGCAACCUGAAGGUGCAGGAGAUGCUGCGGGCAGAGGUGCAGGCUGCCCGGCGUCAGGCCCAGGGAGACACGGCCACAAUGCUGCAGUUGGUCCCACUUCUCAAAGCCAGCAUCAAGGAGACACUGAGACUCCACCCCAUCUCCGUGACCUUGCAGAGGUAUCUUGUGAAUGACCUGGUGCUUCGUAACUACAUGAUUCCUGCCAAGACAUUGGUGCAGGUGGCCAACUAUGCCAUGGGCCGAGAACCCAGCUUCUUCCCCAACCCGGAUGUGUUUGACCCAACCCGCUGGCUGGAAAAAGACAAGACCACCACUCACUUCCGGUACCUGGGCUUCGGCUGGGGCGUGCGGCAGUGUGUGGGCCGGCGGGUCGCGGAGCUGGAGAUGACCAUAUGCCUGAUCCAUGUGCUAGAGAACUUCAGAGUUGAAAUUCAACAGUUCAAAGAGGUGGGGACCAAGUUCAACCUCAUCCUGAUGCCUGAAAAGCCCAUCUUCCUCACCUUCCAGCCCAUCCAACAGGACUCAACGCACCCAUGACCAGAGAGGGCAGCACCCCCUGAACCCCAGUUAUGUGGGGGUGGGGGAGGAGAGGAGGAAUGGCCCAGUGGGGCCCUGGGGACCUCUAUUCCUAGUGUUCUGCCCGACCCUCGUUCCUCUUGGAUGGUUCUCAGCUCUCUGUGGCCCCUUGCCCAGCUCAGCUGGGUGCUUCUCUCUUCCUUCACUUACCUAGGAAGGCAAUAAUAAACAGUUGAACUUGCA